AUGAGGGUAAAAGUUCCAAGAAACUUCAAAAGCCAUGAUAUGAACCUCUAUGACAGAACUACAGACCCGAAGCAUCAUUUAAGCAAUUUCAAAAGUCGGAUGUAUCUGGCUGAUGCUUCUGAUGCGACUCGCUGCAAAGCUUUCCCGACCACCCUGUCAAAAACAGCGAUGAAGUGGAGGUCGGAGAACCUCUACGGGACUACAUGGAAAGGUUCAACGAAGCGUGCUUGGAAAUUCAAGACCUGCCACAGAGGCAGUUAUCAUGGGCUAGUAAAUGGACUUAGAGAUGGCCCCUUCUCUCAGUCCAUAUCAAAAAGGCACCCCACCUCUUUGAGUGAUGUACAAGAGAGAGCAGAAAAGUACUUCAACAUGGAGGAAAAUGCCAGAUUACGGGAGCCAAGCUGGCGACAAAGGCCCCCUCACUCAGCAAAAGAGAAAGAAAGGGAGCCCAAGAAAAAAGAGGAGGUCGGUCCCGAUAGGCCGAGGAGAUAUCACUCCUAUACUCCUCUAAAAGUUUCCCUAGUAGACGUAUACAGAGAAAUCUGUAAUACUGAAAGAUUGUCGCCCUCUAGACCCAUCAAAAACAAAAAGGGAGGAAGCCGCGGUGACUACUGUGAGUACCAUAAGAUGUAUGGCCACUCAACAAAUGAUUGCUACGACCUUAAAAAUGUGAUAGAAAGGUUGGCCAGGGAAGGCCGACUUGAUAGAUAUCUCAUGGAAAGGUCGGACAAUCAUGGAAAAAGAAAGCGGGAUGAUGAGGACAAAAGAGACCCACCACCACAAACCCCCGAGAGACACAAACAUAUGAUCUCUGGAGGAUUCGCGGGAGGGGGACUCACUAAGUCAUCUCGCAAAAGACACCUAAAGCGAGUUUAUCAAGUCGGAAACGAGUCUACUGAUCUCCCAACCAUCUCGUUCACCAAAGAGGACGGGCAGGGGAUCAUGCUCGGGCAUGACGACCCGGUGGUGAUAACCAUGAUCUUGGCAAAUGCCAACCUCCACAGAACCUUGGUGGACCAAGGGAGUUCGGCGGACAUCCUCUUUAAGCCCGCAUUCGACAAAUUAGGGUUGGAUGAAAGGGAGCUAAAAGCUUACCCGGACACCCUGUAUAGCUGGGGAGAAGAACUGAAGAGGUUCAAAUCGGAAAAGAGGAAGGAAAAAAAUACCAACAUAGGGGCCAGCCUAGACGGAGACUUGAAACAGAGGCUGAUAAAGCUCCUGCAAGAUAAUUCUGAUCUCUUCGCUUGGAAAGCUUCCGACAUGCCAGGGAUAGACCCUCAGCUCAUGUCCCACAAGCUUUCAGUAUACCCCAGAUCACGACCCGUACAGCAGCGCAGGCGCAAGCUCAGAACAGAACGAGCUCAGGUGGUGGAAGAGCAAGUUCAAGCCCUCUUGGAGGCCGACUUCAUCCAAGAAGUCAAGUAUCCGGCAUGGCUAGCAAAUGUAGUGCUACUCAAAAAGUAA